UCUCAACGGGGGUCGGUGCACCACCGGCAGCGCGAGGCGGCUGCAGUGCAGCGUUGAUCGAGAACGCCGGCACCGGCGAAGAGCCCCCCAUCGCGACCCCAUCAGUACGCCGAACAGCGUGUCGUCAUCGCCACGUGACCAAAAAUUAGGUACAGGCUCAUUUACCGGCAGGGACCUCCGCACCCGGCCCACUCGGAAAGGACUGCCUCCCGUGAUCCUAUUCCGAUGCAGGGCUGCACGAGCCACAGCCGCAGCAGCGCAGGGGUCAUGCACUUGCGGUGGUAAAACGCCCUGAUCGUCUUUGACCAUGGUGACCAGCAGACGCCACCCGGAGGGCGUCUCCGAAUCCUUCAGGCCGUCGCUCGAGAGCUCGGACCCCGAGAGCAGCAGCGAUGCCUCGACGAACGAGGAGCGUAAGACUCCGUCGGCGUCCUUCAUCGGUGGCCUCGUGGUCUGCGUGGUGCUACUCAUCAUCCUCGUCCUGGCCUACAGACACGUCACCAAGAAACCUAGCGAAGCUGGAGCACUCCCGCACGACCCUCUCCAAAAGAACCUCGAACAGAAGCCGCAGGCCGAAUUAAAGCGAUCGUCAGCCAGAGGAGCGUCGACUACACCGAGGGCGUUCGGCUUCGUGAACAACGAUAAAAAGAAUUUGUCGAAAGAUUUCAAAGACGUUCCGCCUUCCAAGCAGGCUCCUGUUUCGUCCUACGACAGGCCAACCUCAGCGAAAGAAGCAACGAAAGGUAGCUGGGCAGUUCUUACAAGCUUAAUUACGUCAACGAAAAUUCCGGGUGAUGAUGGGACUCAAAGUAUACGACAGAACUCUCGUUGUGGCUCGGGCUGGCUGCCGUGCGCCGAUGGCAUGAGCUGCGUGCGGCCGGAUAGCGUGUGCGACGGCCAGCCGCAAUGCCCAGACGCGUCGGACGAGCGCGACUGCAUCCGGCUGGGUUGCCAGAAGGACAUGUACGCGUGCUCCGUGGAAGGCGUGACGCGCUGCCUCAAGCGGUCCCUGGUGUGCGACGGCGUGGCCGACUGCGACGACCACGAGGACGAGAGCAACUGCAAUCAGACUGUUCUAAACGCAAGGCCUGGCUUCUUCGAUGACAGCCCUCUGGACUUAGACGACAAGAAUGACGUUCCAGCUGUCAGGGACAUGGUCGACAGGGGCAACUCCUCUCUCUCACCGCUGAGAAAUGGGUCAUUCCGAACGACACAGCCCCGGGCUGGGGGAGGCUUCGGCUUUGUGGGGAACUCCACGAACGGCACAGAGACGCGUCCCCCGCCACCGGUGCCUGUGGAUGGCAAAUGCCGCCCGACAGAGUUCUCCUGUGUUGCGACCAAGACCUGCGUGCCAGCUCAAUGGAGGUGCGACGGCACCGCGGACUGCGAAGACGGCUCGGACGAAGUCAACUGCACGCGGCGGGUAUGCCUGGAGCCGUUCGUGAGCUGCGGCGACCAGAGCAGCUGCGUUCUUAAGAAAAAGUUCUGCGACGGCAAGUUCGACUGCAACGACCACUCGGACGAGCUUGGCUGCACGCGCUGUGCGCCGCCGCUCAUCAAGUGCGCCACGGUGAACCGCUGCAUCGACAAGGCGGCCGUCUGCAACGGCAUCAACGAAUGCGAGGACCGCUCUGACGAGCAGAACUGCCGACCGCGGAAGUCUGUUCUAAACGGAAGGGAUGGAAAAACAGGGCACGUGGAUGACUGCCGCAGCCGUGAGUACACGUGCAAGACGUCCCGCGAGUGCAUCCCUAUGCGUUGGCUCUGCGACGGCAGCGAAGACUGCGAGGACGGAUCGGACGAGGAGAUGUGCCCCAGUGCGCGCACCAACCAACUGGCUGGCCUUCGCCGUCGAAAUGGCCACGUUCCCCGAAAGCGAUAUUUCAUUAUCGACGAUAAGGGAAACAAUCUGCCUUUCCGCAGUGCUGGCAGUUUCAUACCUGACGAUAAAGGAAGCCUGCCUUUACACAAUGCUGGCAAUUCCAUACCUGUACAAAACUCGCCGGUGUUCAUUCCGGUAAACAAAGGACCCAGCUCAGGAAAGACUGGCGAACCAUUGGAUCCGGUGGAAUACGAAGAAGUGGACGACGACAAGUUCCACGAAGAGGAGGCCGAUAGCGCGCUGCACAGCGACGGCAAAAAGGCCCACCACCGCGUAGUUGAGGGCAACGCCGAAGAGGACGACAUUUCGGAUUACCACGUGGGCGAGAAGGAAAAGAAACAAGAGCCGGCCAAAUUCAAGACUGCCACAUACCGGCCCGAGCCGUGCAAGGCGGAUCAAUUUCGCUGCGUGGACAACGGCGAGUGCAUCCCCAUGAAGUGGAAGUGCGAUGGCAACGAGGACUGCACCGACGGCUCGGAUGAGAAGAAAUGCAAGAAAGUGUGCGAGCCAGCCGAGUUUUACGCAACCUGCGGGGAUGGCGUGACGUGCAUACCGAAGACGUCGGUCUGCGACGGCGUAGUCGACUGCCCCGACAGGUUUGACGAGUCCAACUGUUCAAAAGGGGUCACUCCUAAAAUCAAUGCCUUGAAGGGUCUUUCUGUUCCCGAAGAAGACCGCCUGAAAUUCCCCGACUGCCCCGCGGACUACUUCAGAUGCAAGACGGGCGGAAAGUGCAUCAUGAAUAUCUUGGUGUGCGACGACGAGGAAGACUGCAACGAUGCCUCGGAUGAAAAGAACUGCGAUCCCCACUGCGGCACCACCACUGUCGCUUCACAUUCCGGCUCUACUACUGGAAGCGGCCCCUGUCCUUGGUACAUCCCACACGGUUACGACUGCAAUGAACUUAAAUGUGUGGCAGACGGUGAAAACGAGAACGUUCUCAUCGCUGAAGUUGUUGGCUAUCGUCAUCAAUAUAAUGUUUCGUUGAACCAUAGACGUGCUCACUGUCUGGGCGUGCUUUCGAGAUAUUUCAUUGCAUAGAUUAAAUUAUAUUGCAUGGUUACAAAUUAACUUAUGGUUCCGUUUUUUUAUAUACCCUUUGUCAUUUGCUAUGGCGACAACGUCCGGAGUUUCUAAUAGCAAAUGUGAUGCGGCAUCGUUCCUCGUAUUUGCGCUGUAAGCAAACAAAACAGUGUUGACUGAUCACGGAGUGAAGCUUAUAUGCACUGACACAGAUACUCCGGCAGUCAAACAUGUACUGAAACUUUCGCGAUUGAGUACAUCUAUUUGUGUAUGAAGUCUGCGCGCACUUGUGUAUUUGUAUGCGCUUAUCACUAGCUCAUCAUAAUGUUACGGGAAGGAAGAAGCAUGCUAGUAUUUACAGAUGGGUUUUAUUGGCUGCGUAGAGAAGCGAAAAACCAGAAUCUUCUUCGUCGUCUCCCAGGGCACCAACCAUGUCCUCUUCUUUCCACAUUACAUACUGUGACAUUACCCCCGUCGGAAGAAGCACCUUACCGGCGCGACUCACUGGUUCCAGGAAAGAACGGUUUGAGGCGGCUGACAUGGAUGAUGUCAGAUAGAGGUGAAGGCACGGUAGCAUCCAGUAGAAACACUUCAUUUGUGACAGGCGUCAGCUGG